CAAAAACAACUUCCUCCUUGUUUGGUGUUAGUAAUAUCGCCAAAGUGAUAGCGCGACGCAGUAGCGGCGAUCAUAUUCCAAUUGAGCUUCAUUAAUAAUUCUUUCUGCUUUACACUCGGACGAUGUGUUUCGGUGGGGGUCGCCUAUUCGCGUGGUUUAGCAAACUUAUCUUCUACUUUGGCAUACAUGCACACACACAAAAAUAAUGCAAAAGAUAAAAGAGCGUAGAAGUAGCUUCUGUAUUUAAAGAUGAGAGAUUUCACACAGCUAGUCAGUUUCUUGUGUGCUGUUAUAGUGGACAUAUUUCGAACGGCUGUGGAAUUGCGUCUAUUUACUUCAUUACCAAGAUCUAUAGUGCUUCAAGAUGACGUACAAUCUAGACGAGCUUGAGGCUCCAGCGUGGUUGAAUGAUGAGUUCUUCUGUAAUGUGAUGCGCGAAUCGAAUAACGAUCCAACGAUUGAGCUCACUAGUGCUUGUGUGUUACGUCCGGGUACAAACAAAGGCGAUCAUUACGCUAGUGUGAUGUUCCGCACGACCAUCAAGUAUAGAUCGACUCGUUUCCCUGAAGAAAAAUCGGUUAACAUCAUUAUGAAAACGAAACCGGAAGCAGAGGGCAUGAAGAAGGAGUUGCUCGAUGAUGAUGGGUUAUUUGCGAUCGAAAUCGACAUGUAUAGCAAAACGCUACCAGAGAUGGCUCGAAUGCUGAAAGAAAUUGGUGAAGAGUAUAAAUAUCCUCGUUACAUUUAUGGGGCGCUGAAACCUCGGCCCAUCCUUAUUCUAGAGGAUAUCAGUGAUCAGGGAUGGGUGAUGGGAGAUUUCAUUAGCACUAUGGAAGAUAUGAAACCGAUAGUAAAAGACAUAGCAAUGUUCCAUGCCGCAUCGGUGAUGAUAGAAAGCACGGACCCUACGUUCGCAAGCCGGUAUGCCUAUUCAAUAGCGGAAAAGUUGAUGGGUUUUGAGGGGAUGAUUAAGAAGGGUUUUGGGGAAUUGAUGCAGUUGACUGCGUCGUAUCCGGAAUUCGCUCACUUUGCUAAACCCUUAGAGAAGUUUCAAGAAAAUCUUCGAGAAUUUUACGUUGCAUUGUACGACCCUUCCAAGACGUAUCAAAACGUGUUGAUACACGGUGAUUUUCAUGGUAAAAAUAUGCUUCACAAAGUCGAUGAUGAAGGACGACACGAGGAUACGAUACUACUGGAUUAUCAGAUCUGUAGCUGGACCUCACCUGCCAUAGAUUUGUACUAUCUAUUGGAUAUGAUACCAACACAAGAGAUUAAGGACAAUCAUAGGUCUGAGCUGAUUUACAUGUAUUAUCAGCAGUACGCUGAUCUGCUGAAACGAUUAGGAUACAUGGGAAAGAUACCAACCCUGUUGGAUUUACAAAUAGAGCUUCUUCGAUAUGCUGGGCUGGAAUUAGUCCACUAUGCCAUCUUCAGCUCAUUCCGGUACAUCGACCAAAACGCAAUCGAUAUCGAGGCAAUGCUCAAGGGUGAAGUAGACAAUCCCGUGUUGAACAAUCCAGAAUUCAAGAAGCUAAUGCAUACCGAGCUAACGCGUUUUCUACAUCACGGAACUUUAUCGAAGGACUAGCAAUGCCAUAUGUAUUCAGCGUUGAAUAUGAAAUGAUUAAGGGACCUCUUAGUUUGGUGUUAUUCAGUCUUGCUUUUGUGUCUUCCAACAAUCGAAAUGAAAUACAUAAAUCACAAAAAUAAAUCAUUAAAAUAAAUUUUCAA